UUCUUGAAGGAAACUCAACGAAACUCGAAACUCGCAACGAAAUGUCACCACGCGCAGGACUUGACCGCUACUAACCAGCACGCGACCAGCGGCACGCGCACAGACUGUGCACACGACCCGAGUGAGCAGAGGGUCAGCAUACGGGUCAGCAUGAGCAGCAGCAGUGUGGCUAAAGAUCCAUGUAGCUAUAAGGCGAUAUGUUGCUGUGAAGUUAGCAGAACUUCCAUAUCCAUACUGGCCUGUCCUUGAGCAUAGAAAGUGGUCUCGUCAACCAUGCGAACUAGCUGUUUGUUUAUUAUUAUCUAAAAGGUUUAAGUAUUUUAGAUGUAGCGUUAAAUGUAAAUUUUAGUGUCAUUCUGCGCUCAACAAAAAGGCUAUACUACGUUCUGUGAUUCUGUAAGCCUAUGCCCCAUGUAAAUACAGUGAUAUGGACUACAGUUCCCUGCUGCCUCAGUGGACUCAGCACAUUUCAGCUUGUGGACACACAAAGAGCAGAGCUCAUUCCAGGGUCAGACACAGUAUUUUCAGAGAGAGGGUGGUCGCUGUGCUGAGAUGUCGAUGGUCUGCUUGACUGAUUUUGAGGAGUACGCCAAGGAGCACCUGUCCAAGGCCACCUGGGAUUAUUAUGCAGCCGGAGCAGACGAAUGCUGCACCAGAGAUGACAAUCUGCUAGCAUACAAAAGAAUCCGACUGAGACCUCGAAUCCUGCGCGACGUUUCGGUUUGUGACACUCGGACCACAGUCCAGGGCACAGAAAUAAGUUUUCCUGUUGGCAUCGCACCAACAGCUUUUCACUGUUUGGCCUGGCACGAAGGAGAGGUGGCUACAGCUCGAGCCACAGAGGCACUGAACACCUGCACUUACUCAACCUGCUCAGUGGAGGAGAUCGUGGCUGCAGCCCCAAACGGCUAUCGCUGGUUCCAGCUCUAUGUGUACCGAGACCGGAAACUGUCCGAACACAUUGUGCAGCGUGCGGAGAGCCUUGGGUACAAGGCCCUGGUCCUCACUGUAGACGUGCCCUACACCGGCAAACGCAGAAACGACAUCCGAAACCAGUUCAAACUCCCACCUCACCUCAAGGUCAAGAACUUUGAUGGAGUUUUUCAGCAGGCUGAGGCGUACGGUGUCCCACCUGACACACUGGACCCUUCCAUCAGCUGGAAGGACGUGCAGUGGCUCCAGUCCAUCACCCGCCUGCCCAUCAUCAUCAAAGGCAUCCUGACCAAAGAGGACGCAGAGCUGGCUGUGGAGCAUGGGGUCCAGGGCAUCAUUGUGUCCAACCAUGGGGGGAGGCAGCUGGAUGGGGGCCCUGCCUCGAUUGAUGCUUUAGCAGAGAUCGUGAACACAGUGCGGGGCAGGAUUGAAGUGUAUGUGGACGGGGGGAUCAGGACGGGCAGUGACGUCCUCAAAGCUCUAGCUUUAGGAGCCAAGUGUGUAUUCAUCGGACGCCCAGCUAUUUGGGGUCUAGCCUACAAGGGUGAAGAAGGAGUGAGAGAAGUCCUACAAAUUUUAAAUGAUGAGUUUCGCCUGUCCAUGGCACUAUCAGGUUGCAGGAACGUGGCUGAAAUAAGCAGGGACCUCAUUCAGUGUUCUAAACUGUAAUGCACCAGCAGGGGGCAGCACCAUGGCAGAAAACAAGACUUUCUGACACUAAUGAAAGAUGUAAACAGGACAUACAAAAGUACAAAAACAAAACAUUCUAAUCAGACUUCUUUUGUGGAGAAUAUAUGACCUACAUUAGACUCAUUCACAUGCAAAAGUCUCAAAACUAAGCUAGGACACAUGAUUGGUAAAUAUAAAAAUUGUGAUGUAAUGGAGAACACUUAACUCUAAAUCUCUUUAGCUCUAUCUGGAAAAAUGCAGUCCUUGACACAGUACUGGUUCUUAUGAUUAAAUAAAAGCAUUCUCAAAUGAUGAAAUAUA